UAGCUGCUCACACGUUGCAUCUACCCGUUCUAAAUCAGCUGACUGUAAUUUCAGAAAAAACGUCAAAUUGGUACGGAAACUUGCUAAAUUGAGGUUAAUAUCAGCUUUAGAUUAAUAUCGAAGAUUUUGCAGAGUGUGUCCAGCGGAAUCAUGACUUCUUUUACCGUAGAAAGCCCGAAUGUUCGGUAUUUUCCUGACCACAUCGAAUCUGAAUAUGUUUACCAGACGACAAAAGUGGAAAGAAAUAGCCAGAAUAUUAAGGUGAAACCUAUCGACGUCCGAAUGAAGUUCAGAACGGGGAGAAAGGUUCCACAUCUGGGUGUGAUGCUGGUGGGGUGGGGUGGGAACAAUGGAAGCACCGUGACGGCAGCAGUCAUCGCCAACAAGAUGAAGAUGUCCUGGAGAACUAAAGAAGGAAUUAGGCAUGCAGACUACUUCGGGUCCUUGACACAGGCAUCGACACUAAACCUUGGAUCUGGACCGGAUGGGGAUCUCAAUAUUCCAUUCAAAGACAUAUUACCCAUGGUGGACCCCAAUGAUAUUGUCUUUGAUGGUUGGGACAUUUCUCGCCUCAAUCUUGCCGAAGCCAUGGAACGGGCCCAGGUCCUGGACUGGAGUCUGCAGGAACAACUCCGCCCGCACAUGGCAACCCUCAAGCCCCGCCCAUCCGUCUAUAUCCCCGACUUCAUCGCAGCCAACCAAGAAGACCGCGCCGACAAUGUCCUCUCCGGAACGAAGUCGGAGCUCGUUGAGAAGAUCCGUUCUGACAUCCGUGACUUUAAACAAAAGGUUGACAAAGUGAUAGUGCUAUGGACCGCGAACACAGAGAGGUUCUGUGAUGUUGGUGAAGGACUGAACGACACAGAGCACGCCCUCAUGAGGUCAAUAGAGACCAAUGCUGGGGAGGUGUCGCCAUCGACACUCUUUGCAGUGGCUUCAAUAUUAGAAGGGGUUGCAUACAUCAACGGCUCUCCACAGAACACUUUCGUACCUGGUGUCAUUGAGAUGGCAGAGAGACGAGGGGUGAUGAUUGCUGGAGACGACUUCAAGUCGGGACAGACCAAGAUCAAAUCUGUCCUAGUGGACUUUCUUGUUGGUGCUGGAAUCAAGCCGGUGUCGAUCGUCAGUUACAACCAUCUUGGGAACAAUGAUGGCAAGAACCUAUCAGCUCCUAAACAGUUCAGGUCAAAAGAGAUUUCUAAAUCCAAUGUCGUUGAUGACAUGGUGGCAUCCAACCCUAUCCUCUACCCGGACGGCAAGAAACCCGACCACUGUGUCGUCAUCAAGUACGUCCCUUACGUCGCAGACAGCAAGAGGGCGCUAGACGAAUACACCUCCGAGAUCAUGAUGGGCGGUAGGAACACUAUAUCACUCCAUAAUACCUGUGAAGAUUCGCUCCUUGCCACCCCCAUCAUUUUGGACCUUGUCAUUCUCACUGAGCUGUGCCAGAGAAUAGAGUUCAAAUCAGCUUGCCAAAGUGAAUACCAACAAUUCCACAGUGUACUUUCAAUCUUGAGCUAUCUAUGUAAAGCACCCUUGGUUCCUAAUGGUACACCGCUCGUCAAUGCUUUAUUCAAACAGAGGGCUUGCAUUGAAAACAUAUUUAGGGCUUGUAUUGGACUUCCUCCACAAAAUAACAUGCUACUGGAACACAAACUUAGCAAUCCAAAGGCCAUCCCAGAACUGUGCACCAAUGACCUUUCCUCAGAACUGUACACCAAUGGCCUUACAAACGGCCACGCCCUGCAGAAUGGCAGCCAUAUCAUAGAACCCGAACCGAUCAACAAGAAAGCAAAAGUGGCAACGUCUGAGUUCGUCAACGGCAAUGGUGUACUGCACAAUGGUAUGGCAGCGAUUCAUUAACGGGAUGGAGGCGACUACGGCUGUGACGUGACCACCACCACCACCACCACCAAAGACUCUCUACCAGUAUCGACAGUCAGUAAUAUCAACACACUCGUAAAUGGCAGUUUCAUCUGACAUCACCACCAAAGACGUGUGUUACCCAAAGGCAAUGAAUUUGAUUGCCUUUAGUGGCCUUGCUGGCUUCAAACUCCCCAAUUACUGACAGUGGUUGUGGCGAUUAAAAAAAAUCAAAUUGCCUUGCUGUGUUGAGGUCUUGCUGGAGGAGCUGGGACAACCAGAGACCACAUUCUUUCUUCGGUAAUUCAAAUGCUUUUGUUUUUGGCAGUAUGCGCUGUAAUAACACCACCAAUCCCUCUUUGAAGGGCAAGCAUUAGUAUUUCAAUCGCCAUGUUUCAGCCAAAUUCGCUUUAUAUCUAACCAUUGCAGUGACAUUUUGUAUUGUAUCAAGUCCAAAUUAUUACCUCAGAAGGGACAGGAAUCGUAGUCAAGGUCGGUACUGCCCAGUCAAGGCUGCUGGAGAUAACCUUCCCCCAUAGACUUUGUACACACGAAUCAACACUAGGGCCAUGCUGGCUAAAUGUGGCUUUGAUGCUAAGGUCAAGGCUGGCAAGAUGUGGCCUUGAUAAGGUCAAGGCUGGCAAAAUGUGGCCUUGGGGCCGGCAUUGAUUGCAUCCCUGGUAGGUAUGUAAGAAUUCAAAAGGACCGAGUUUCGGUUUCUUCAACAUAUUUUCCAAAUCAUGGGGUGGAUGAAAUUGUGCUCUUUGGUGUAUAUAUUCCUUUCCUUGUUCCAAAGAUGAGAUCGUGUAGAAAUUACAUUAAGUGUACAUACCUUGGAAGUCUUCAAUCAUGUAAAUGCAGAGGUUGAAUGUACCAAAUCUGGUGAUCUGGCAUUGUAACCUUUUGGCAAUUGGUCAAUCUUCUCAAUAAGUGAUGUUAUUACAGGGUGGUACUUUGGUGCAAUAAAGUGCUAAGUCCAUUUCAGGGCAAGCUAUCCAAUCAUCAUUAUGGCACAUUGCUAAUAUGUAAAUGUUGGCACAAAGCCCCCCCCCCAAAAAAAAUGCAGUUGAGUACAUGAUAUGCAACGUGUAAUCUUAUUGAUCAGUAUGCAGUAAUAUGCGUCCUCCCCCCAUUUGAAUAGUAUGAUGUCAUGGAUGUAUGCGAGUGGUGUCUAUUGUUUAACUUGUUUUUCAAAAAAAUAGGGGAUGUGGGGGAUAGAUAUGGCCCUGUCUUACAAAGAGUUAUGAUUGAUGCGAUCAACUUCAACUAUGGAAAGCCAGUA